ACCCGGGGAGGGGAUGACGUGUUGGGGCGUGGUCUUGUACCUGGAACUGAGAGAGGGGUUUAAAUCUGCAGUGAGGACUAGUCUAGUCACACAGAUUACCCGUCGCUGUCAGUUUGAACUGCCUCUUUACCCUGGAGAGAAGAACCGAGACGGUCAGAGCCGUGCUGCACAUCCCACUGACAAUACCUGAACAACUUCUAAACAGAAUCCUGUGUGCUGUCAUGGACAGUGUGGAGAUGGAAUCUGUCCAGAUUAAAGAGGAGUUCCCUGAACUUGAACCUCUCCCCUUUACAGUGGAGUUCUUUGGGCUGGCUUCCCUCCUCAUUAAACAGGAGCUCUGUGAGAUGCAGUGUGACAGCAGCCAGCCAGAGGUCUCUGAGAUUAAAGCUGAGCACAAUGAAUUUGAGAUCCCCCAGACAGAAGAACCCCUUCCUGUUAAACAAGAAGAGGUGCUGGAAACUGUCCGUAUUAAACAGGAGCCCCCUGAAGUAGAGUUUGCCCACAUGGAACCAGGGAAGGAAGAAUCCGAGGACUUCAAACCAAACAUCCCUGAGCUGGAGCCUGUACGCCUGCGGGAGUGUAGCGUGGUGCUGGAGAGAGUCUGUGUGAGAGAGCAAGGCGCUGGAGAGGAAGGCUCUCUCAACAGCAUGCAAGGAGGUGGACAGGGAGACAGGUGCUCACAUUCAGAAUGCAGUCUAGCAGGUUCCAGUCCAGCAGCUAAAGUGAGGGCAGGCGGUGGAGAAUAUCCUGACUGUGGGAAAGGUAUCACGCUGUUCGUGCAUUUAAACAAAACCCAGCGGACUUACACAGGAAAGAAACCGUAUCACUGCUAUGACUUUGGGAAGAGUUUCAGUCAGUCAGGAUACCUUGUUUCACACCAGCGAAUUCAUACAAGAGAGAAACCGUAUCGCUGCUCUGACUGUGGGAAGAGUUUUAGUGUGAAACAAGGCCUUCAAAACCACCAGCGAACUCACACAGGAGAGAAACCGUAUCGCUGCUCAGACUGUGGGAAGAGUUUCAGUGUGAAACAAGGCCUUCAAAACCACCAGCGAACUCACACAGGAGAGAAACCGUAUCGCUGCUCUGACUGUGGGAAGAGUUUUAGUUGCUCAGGAAACCUGAAAGCACACCAGCGAACUCACACAGGAGAGAAACCGUAUUGCUGCUCUGACUGUGGGAAGAGUUUCCGUGUGAAACAAGGCCUUCAAAACCACCAAUGGACUCACACAGGAGAGAAACCGUAUCGCUGCUCUGACUGUGGGAAGAGUUUCACUGUGAAACAAAGCCUUCAAUACCACCAGUGGACUCACACAGGAGAGAAACCGUAUCGCUGCUCUGACUGUGGGAAGAUUUUCAGUUGUAAACAAGUCCUUCAAAAACACCAGCGAAUUCACAGGAGAGAAACUUUAAAAACCAUGUUCAAUGGGACUUUUCACUCAUGAGGGGAAAAUAAUAUUAACCUUGCAUUACGAAUCCCUGUGUAAUAACUGUUUUGUAGAUCACUCUUAAGAACAUGCAUUUAAAACUCUCUUGCACUCUGUGUCAGAUAGUGGGUGAUGAUGCGGACACGUCACAAGAGGCUUCUCUGCUGUCAGUUUAACUCAGGCUGUCAAUGCAGUCAGUGCCUGGGAGUGGGAAUAUGCAGAAAGGAAACUAUUCCACACCUCAUCUGAUGGACGAGUCAGGAGAAAUCGAUAACUCAGUGUGGAAAUGAGUUUCAGGAUUUAACAUUUUGAACUUACACUAUUUAUUUUCAAGUUUAUCAUGCUUUUUAUUUUUUUUAAUGAUCUAAUGUACAAUAAAUGAUGAAUUGUU